AUGUCCAACUCCAUGACGGCCGAGAACCAGCACAUGGGCUGCAAAAGGCAGAACAUUUGUGCCAGAGGGGCCUUCGAAAACUGUCAGUUUGCUACGAGCAUAUUCAAUGGACCUGUUACUGUCAAGACAGUCACCAACAUCACAGUGAACCGGAGUGGCAAGAAGAAAGCUGCGGCUUCGUGGAAGGUGACAGAGGAGGGAUCGACACAGAGUAGCAAGGACAAGAUUGAUGAGAAUGGCCCCUCUGGAUCAAGUAGUCAAAAGACUAUGCAAGGCCCAAACCAGUCCUGUAAAAGUGGGGAUGGUUUUGAUGAUGCCCACACAGAAAUCCCAGUCAGAAAUUCCGAGAAGCGCCUCAAGACUGCGGCUUGCCAUGAUGUCACUCAGCUUGAUGCGGUGCCAAUCCCAAUCAAUAGGAUUGAUCCUAGCGAUGUUGGGCCUCAACCUCAUGAUGCAGAGUUCCAUCAUGACAUGAUGAGCUUCGAUUGUGAUGGACACAGAGAUUACACACCUGAUAGCUCGUACUUGUCAGAUUGGUCUUCAGACUCAGAACAGGAAAGAGAGCCUACCCUGGAGCAGCAGGAACGUUCUCGUCUCACAUCGCAAGAGCUCAUGGCAUACAAGUUCUUCAUCCUGCAGCAUCCCCUGUGCAAUCAGCGCUGUCAUGAGGAGUGGGAGGAGUGGGAGUUGGGUCCUGAGGGGGUGGGGAGUUGGGGUGUUUGGGAGUUGGCUCCUGAGGGAGGGGCUUUGGGGGUCCUGAUGGGGGAAGGGUGGUUCCUGAAGGUGCUUGGGCGUUGGUUCCUGAGGCCUGAACAUGCUGAGAAAUUCUUUGGGUUUCAAGACUCGGAUGGCAGUUCCAAGCAGAAGACAUUGGAGCUACGAAGAGCUGCAGAGAAGGGUCAGCUUCCAAGUCUACAAGAAGUGGCAAGCCCUGCGGAGCAGCAGAAGAUGGAGCCUUUUGGGCCCUUGCUAGUGGAGAAGGAAGAGCAAGAGAUUGCUGAACCAUGUCAAAAGGCAGUUGCACAGGGGCAGCCAAAGGUAUACAAGUAUUUCACCUUCCGACUGGUGAGUGCUGCUGACAACAGCAGCGUGGAAAAACCAAAGGGCCUUCUGAUUGGUCAGAAGGUUGGGUCCAUUGACUUUGCGAGUUUUGACCCUGCAAUCACUCUGGAAGAACUUUUUGGGACAGAGUUGAGCGGGGCAGCUUUGCUAGAACAGAUGCUGUUGUGGUUCCAAGACACUGAGCUGUCCACACUCCCAUGGUACAGCUCUGAUGGGGAGCCCAAGAACCGCAACAUCAUCAAGGCACCGCAGUCACGUGCCAUCCAGGAAUCGACAAUUGCUCGCUACAUGACUCGCAUCUACAAUGAGGGUUUAUCCCAGGUCGUCUCAGGAGAAGCAAUCAUGAAGUGGAGAAACCAAGAGCGUGCAUACCCAGUUGCCGCCCUUGGGUUCAAUCACAGGGCGGAGAGUUUUUACCGAUGCGAUGAAGAAGAUCCCAAGAACAAGAACGUCACGGACACCCGCCUGAGGGGAUUGAAGAAAGUGAGGGUUCUUCACUUUCUUACGCCCGAGUGCGUUCUCCACAAAAUUGUCUCCCUCCUGAACCAGUUUCACGAGGGGAGUGCCCAGAAUCAUUUUGACGUGAUGCAGGAGGCAUUGCAGCUGGAGAUGGCAUGGAAGGCCAACUGCCAUGUCACCAAGAUGAACACAUACAAUCCUCGUUAUCAGGCUUCCUAUGAAGACUUCUUCUUGUCCAAAAGUGCAAGUGCUGAAUUCUCAGGCUUUUUCAAGUCCAAGGAUUCCUUCUACAAGACCAUAGCCAUUGUCCACCAGCUUCAGAUUUACAGCAUCUACAACCGUGUGGCAUCAUGGUCAAAUGCCUUUGUGGAUUUUUUGGACCCCAGGUACAAUCCUCACACUUGUAUCUCGCAGAUGCAUGCCUUGGGUGUGCUGAUUGUGAACGCCUUGAAGAAGAGUUGCACCAAAGAGAAGAUUGGAGUCAUUCUGUUCGAAGCCUUGAAAGCUUGUGUCGGACUCUUAGUACCAUCGUGUCAGCAAAGUUUGUCCAGAUGCUCUGGGCGAUCACUCUCCUUUGCUUUCCCGAAGGGAGGGGCAGAAGCCAGCCGGACCAUGAACUUGAUCAACAUUUCUAUGGAGUCCAGUGCUGUCUCACGCAAGAUGCUGAGAGACGCAGGUGAUGCCACUUCUGGAGGAGAGGCUGCAGCCAAGGCCAAAGCGACUUCGAAGAAUGACGUCAGCCUCUUUGUGAAGAAGGAGUUGGCCAGUGUUCCUUCCCUUGAUAUCCAGCUGAAGCCGGGAGAGGUGAAAAAGCUUCGCCAGAUCCAGCCAGAGAUGCCAUCGACCGAGCCCGAGCAUGCAGAGAAUUCUGAGCAGUCUGAGCAGUCUUCCAAGGCUGAUGCAGACGAAGAUGCUGCGGAGCCAGCAGCAAAACGUCAGCGAACUGGAGCGAAGAGCAAGAUGAACCAAAAGAAACGUCAGUUCAAGGCAUAUUCUGAUGAUGAAAAGGCUUUCUUUCGUUCUUCUACUGAGGCCCAGUUUGGAGACAUGCGUCCCAUCACAGCUCUUGAGGACAUGAUCCAAGCUUUGGAUUACGGGCUUGCACUGUUGGUCAAGGACGGGGUCAUUUCACAGAAGGAUGUGAACUCUGAACGCGUGCUGAGCACUUAUGGGUUUUGUGCUUCCCUGUUCUUCGAAUUCUGUUGGCAAGGCAAAGUUGCUGUCAAUGGACGGGAGUUCCGACAAUGGAGUGCUUUACGUGGAGAAAUCCAAGCAACACUGAUGGCCACCAAUGAUCAGCUUGAGUCUCCCAUGGAUGCCAUGGGCCUUGCCAGUUACAGUGGAUCAGAGAGCCAAGCUCAGAACACAAAAUGCAUGAACCCACUGCAGCUUGCUGAUCUGCUGUGUCAGAGCCUUUUGAAGGAGCCAGUGACGAGCGUAAUUUGGGACUCAGAAGACCCAGAUGAAGUUGUGCUGAAAAGCAUUGCCAACUGCAUGGCUGCCAAGAAACUAGGUGAACCAGUCCGGGCAUUUGUCACCAGCAGCCUGCACCUUCCAUUGCCUAUGCACCAGGCUGUGCAGUUGGCUUUGCAGCAAGUCUUUGCCGUUCCUGCUGGGGAAAAUCUAAGUCUGUCAGAUUUGACCUCCAUUUCCUUUGCAUCAAUCAAUGAGAAGCUGCCUGCCGCAUGGUGUGGUUUUGCGUUCGACGUCAGCACGGCCUUCGCUGAGCGACAGCGCUUCGUUGAAGGAACUGAUGAGGUGUUUGGAACGAGCGACAAUUUGCAACUCUUUGUCCAGCUGCGCACAAAGUACCUCUUGGCAAUCCUGAAGGAGGUCCUGCCCGUCAAGGAGAUCUCUGGUGUGUCCCAGGAGAAGAAAGACUUCCUAGUGGAGCUUGCUUCUAUCUCCCAAAAGUCCAAAGACUUUGACAUGUUGGUUGUCUUCGAUGCCAUUCAAUUUGCUCGCACAUGGGCACGUGAAUGGGCUUCUUUGCUGGAAAAAGCAAGCAACCUGGUGGAUUUGCGCCAGGUUUUGAAAGAGAUGAAGAACCUCAACACAAGUGCCUUAAAUGUUGAUGAACAACAGGCACCGCAUGCCCAGAGGCUGAGCCUUGACUCGGUGAGAGUGUUGAAGGAAGCAUCCAUGACUUUGGGAAACGGUGAUGGAGUUAAGGCUGAUGCAAAAGAAGAAGCAGAAGCAGCAGAAGACGUGGAGGGUAAAGCAACCAGUGUUCCUGUCUCAGCUGACAUGACCGUUCAGGACGUCAAUCAUUUCAGAGACCGAGAGUUGAUGCACUCAUUGCAAGUGUUGGAAUUUUCCAAAGACGCCACUGAGAUGAACAUCUUCCAAGGCAUGUCCGAGGCAGCAGCUACAAAAUCAGCCAGUCGCUCUAUGGGGCCACUAUUCGUCAAGAUCUUGGAGAAGAAGAUGGAAAUUCUUCAGUGGGAGCUUUACGAACUUUUGAAAAAGGAUGAGCAGAAUGUCCAGUUCAAUCUCUCAGGUUCGAACAAAAAGGAUCAAGUGAAAAUUUCAGUGCCGGUGUCUCAAUCUCUAUGCAUGCCAUUUGCAGGCAACAUCAGCGUUUCAGACGCUGCCUCUGGAGGAAACAAGCCUCACUUGUUGGGGAGCUUGUUUGGGCUGAAUUUCUAUAUUCAGCCGAAACCCUUGGAUGUCCAACUUGUUGACUUCGUUGUUCCAGCAUGGGCUGCAAAGCCAGCUGCAAAAGCUGAUGGUUGCUUCUUUGUCCAGAAGACGGUGACUGCCUCCUUUGUUGCCGCGAAGCCAAGUGCUGAUGCCCUCCCCGCCUCCAUCUCUUUGCAUCUGGUGACCGAUGACUUUGGCAUCCAUCCAAACAAACGUUCUUUGGAGGAAAUGGUCCAGAAGUACCAGGAAUCAGGUGGUGGUGGGUGCUGGGGCACCAUUGACAUGCAAGUUCUUGAGACGAAGGAGGAGAAGAAACGGAAGAAAGCUUUUGAGACUGCUGGCGACCGAGAGAAGUUGCAACUACAAGUUGAUGCAGCUGAAGGUGAGCUUAGUCGCCUGCAGGAAGUUGAAUCUGAGGAGAAGCAGGUGAAAGAGGCAAUCGACAAAGCAUUGUCCAAAUGCUCCCUUCCUUCCUCCAUUCCUUUGACAGUCUUGACGCUGACAGAGCCAGCUGAGAAGGGGGCCAGGGCAAAGGCGAUGCAGGAGCAGAUGAAACAAGCCAAGGCCAAGCUGGCUACUAUGGAUGGAGAGGACGCCUCAGUAGAAGAGCCACGAGGCCUCGACAAGCUCACGUACCCCGGCAUCCCACACAACACCAUUGGUGCUCAAGCAGCCAUUUCUGUUUUGCGCAAGAAUGGUACAUUGGCCCAGCCCAAGAAAGCAGCCAAAGGAAAGAAAGACGACAAAGCGAUCACACAGAGUGAGAUGAAAAAACUUGGGAAGCACAUCCUGAAGUGUUGGGCGCUUCCUGCUAUGUGCCAGACUACAGUUCUGAUACGUGAAGAUCCGACAGAGACCUUCGUUGUCGGGGGUGAGCAUCCAGGGAAAUCUAUCCUUUCAACAAAGGAAGGCACUCCAAAGCUAGCAAAAGAAGAUCUAGCAAUGGUUCACUGCUGUACCAUGCUCAAGGGCAUAGAUUCUGUCGGUGGAGGGUACCAGAUUCAGCAGCUGCCGCGCCGUCGAUUGGUUGACGCGGAUCUAGAACUACAUGCGAUGGCUGAUGUUUUGGAUUGCUGCGUCAAAGGAGCUGGCGACAGACCUCCACUUUGCCUGGCAAUGGAUUGCCAUGGCAGCUUUCACAAGGUGCAUGACAUGCUGUUGGGCAUUCUUCCACUGUCGGAAUUUUGCGACUUACCCAUGUUGAAGAACUGUCACCUUUCUUCUUCAAGUCUGCGGGUGCCAUGCUUCCCCUUUCGCCAUCUUAUCUAUAAAGACGAGGACAGACCGAUGUUCCCCUGCUUGGACCCGAAGCACAUUCUCAAGGCAGUCUCAAGGUCACUGCGUUCAUCAGCUCGCACACUGAGAAUGUGCCUGCUCUUAUUGUGGAUGUUUGUGACUGUUUUUAUAACGUUUAUAAAUGUUUAUAUAAUCUGUUAA